AUGGAAAGAAAUAAUAUUGAGAAUAAUUCAAAAGCUAUAGAUGAUACUAAUCAAACAAUUAAUUGUUAUGUACCGAAUCGAAAACAAUUAGAUGAUCUACAAAAAGAAUUAGAGAAGUAUACAAGAGUUACACAUAAUGAAACAUACAAAGAUUUUUAUUUUAAUGAUGAUAACUUUAAGAAUACAGUUUUAAAACAUUUAUCAUUUGAACAAUCAAGUUAUAUUGUUGAUAGAAAUACAAUGAUCGAUUUAAAGAAUCAAAAUAAUCUGGAAAAUUCUGAAAUUUGUUAUUCAAUUAUGAAUGGUUAUCCUUUAUCAUCUUUCAAGCUUAAUUUCUCAGAGCAAAGUUAUUCACAGAAAUAUGAUAAUGAAAAUUGUAUAAUACCAUCAAAAGGUCGACAUUAUAAAACAGAAUUAUGUAAACGUUAUUUAAACAGUUCUAAUGGAGAUUGUAGUUAUGGUAAUAAGUGUCAGUUUGCUCAUGGAAUUAAUGAACUUAGAUUUGCUCCACGUCAUCCACGGUAUAAAACUGAAAUAUGUUAUAGUUAUCACGUUUUUGGAACAUGUAACUAUGGGAAGAGAUGUGAUUUUAUUCAUGAUGAACCAUUGGAAAAGUUGAUCCUUAUUCGAUUACAGAAUCAAUUAUUUCAAGCUUAUCGGAAAAGUCAUCCACAUGUACAAGAAGUUCGUUUGAUCGAGUUAUUAGGAUUACAAGAAGAUAAUUUGGAGAGUUUAAAAGUAUUAUCAUCAGCGUUAUACGAUGAAAAAACGUUUCAUAGUAAUGAUGAUAACUUUUCUGUCAUUACUAACAGCGAACUCUAA